AUGGCGGAAAUUGCAGGCAUCUAUAAACAGCAAAUGAAGAGGAAACGAAGCAAUGAAGUCGUGAAAGAGAAGUGGGCGAAGCAUUACUCGUCGAAUCACCAUAUAUUGUUGGUUGGUGAAGGAGAUUUCUCGUUUUCUGUGAGUCUGGCUAUUAUGGCUUUUGGCUCCGCUUCCAAUAUUGUAGCUUCUUCCAUCGAUUCUUAUGAUUAUCUUAUCGAGAAUUACAAGCAUGCAAAAGCAAACUUGGAUAUCUUGCGUAAAUUUGGAGCUCAACUGUUGCAUGUAGUUAAUGCAGUCAAAAAUGAAGAAUCAUACUGA